AAAAGUUUCAUAGCUGGUAGACCAUGGAGCUUCUUGUAAAUGUAAGAAAAUGGAUAGAAGAAAACAAAGCUGCCUUUUUACCACCUGUGUGCAAUAAGCUUAUGCACCGCCAUCAAUUGAAUGUGAUGUUUGUUGGAGGGCCAAAUGAAAGGAAGGAUUAUCAUAUUGAAGAAGGAGAAGAGCUUUUUUACCAGGUUAAAGGAGAUAUGUGUUUGAAGAUAAUUGAAAAUGGGAAACAAAAAGACAUUGUCAUCCGAGAAGGCGAGAUGUUCCUCCUACCUGCUAGGAUACCUCAUUCUCCUCAGAGAUAUGCAAACACUGUGGGUCUUGUGAUUGAGAGAGAAAGAUUAAAGACAGAAAUUGAUGGGCUCAGAUACUAUGUUGGAGAAUCAACUAAUGUCCUCUUUGAAAAAUGGUUUCACUGCGAAGAUCUCGGCACUCAGCUUAUACCAAUAAUCCAAGAGUUUUUCAAUUCAAGACAAUAUCAAACUGGAAAACCAAAUCCAGAUGAACUCCUGAAAGAAACACCUUUCCCACUGAAUUCCACUUCUGUUAUGGAGCCGUUUUACUUCCAAGGCUGGUUAAAUGUUCAUCGUGGCGAAAUAAAACAGAAGAAAUCCUUGAGUAUGUUUGGAGAUAACUUUGAAACAGAGGUUAUAGCUUAUGGAUCAGGAACAACUGAGAAAAGUAAAAAGAAUUCAGAUAUCUGGAUCUGGCAGCUGGAGGGCACAUCUACUGUUACCAUGGAUGGUAAAACCCUGACCCUAUCUGCUGGCGACAGCCUGCUUGUCCGUGCCCAGUCUACGUGAGUACUGCUGGAAGAGAGCAGAAGAAUGUGUUGCGCUCUGCAUUGCUCAGGAUCCGAAACGCAAGCAGCCUUAUACCUAGCUCCUGUGCCAGUUGACUUUGAUGAUAACUAAGUUUUAACCU